AUGAAACUAGAACGUAUAAGCAGUAAUGGCUCUUUCAAAAGAGGUAGAGACAUCCAGUCUCUCGAAUCUCCAUGUACAAGACCUCUGAAAAAGAUAUCCCCAAGUUCAUCUUUUGCAUGUCUUAAAAUGAAAAAGCCUUUUAAAGAUAUAGUAAGGAAAUAUAGAGGUAGUAUUCAUCAAAAUAAUUGUAAACUCAGCUCGUGCCAAGUAGAAUUGAAAAGACCUGACUUGUCUUUAAAAACUGAUCAAAGUUUUCUCAAAAGUAGUGUGCAGACUGCAAACAGAGAAAAAAUCUACAGCGAGUAUAUCUUAACACCAGAGGCUACACCAUUAAAAAGUACUGCUACUGAAAAUGCAUGGGCAACUUCUAGAGUUGUUUCUGCAUCCAGUCUUUCUAUAGUGACCCCAACGGAGUUUAAGAAUGUACUUGUAGAUGAAUUUUCAGAAUUGAGGUUAGCGCAACCUUUGGCAACUCAGCAUCAGCAAAGUCAUGCGGUGUUUGAAAUACCUGAGAUUGUGGAAAAUAUUAUAAAAAUGAUGGUUUCUUUAGAAUCUGCCAACAUACCAAAAGAAAGGCCAUGUUUAAGAAGAAAUCCGCAAUCUUAUGCGCACUCUUUGCUCAUGUAUAAAGACGAAGAAAGAGCAAAAAAAGCAUGGUCACAGACACAGCAGCUACGGGAUCCACCGCUAGUUAGACACAACGAGAAAACACAAGGGGCCUUAUUUAGUUGUAUGAUGGUCAAUAGGUUGUGGUUUAACAUUACAAGGCCAUUUCUUUUUGGGAGCUUACAUUUUAAAAGCGUUUAUAAUUUUAAGGAGUUUGUAAGAUCUUCUGACAAAACUGAUCAGGUCGUUAAACCAUCACAUUUUAUUUUACACAAAUUGCAUCAAAUAACACAAUCAGAUAUAGAGAAACUUUCAAAAAAAGUGGGGUGUCAAAAUUUGAAAUGGUUGGAAUUUUAUGUCUGCCCCAGAGUAACUCCUCCCUUAAGUUGGUUUGAUAACCUCCAAAAGCUUGAAAAGCUCAUAAUUCCAGGUAAUAAGCACAUCGAUGAUAACUUUCUAUUAAGGCUCUCCCAAAAUUUACCAAGUUUAAAACACUUGGAUUUAAGAGCAUGUGACAAUGUCAGUGAUUCUGGUGUUGUUUGUAUCGCUUUGAAUUGCCCGAAGUUGAAAACUUUCAACAUUGGUAGACAUAGGCACGGAAACUUAAUUACAAGUGUCUCACUGGUAGCACUAGGUAAAUACACACAAGUGGAAACUGUAGGGUUCGCUGGUUGUGAUAUUGACGACGCUGGUAUUUGGGAAUUUGCUCGGUUGAAUGGGCAAAAUGUCGAAAGACUGUCUUUAAAUUCCUGUCGCCUUUUAACUGAUUACUCUCUACCAAUUCUUUUUGCUCUGAACUCAUUUCCAAACUUAGCAGUUUUAGAGAUUAGAAAGCUGGAUAAGAUAACUGAUGUGAGGCAUUUCGUGAAGUACAACUUGUGGAAAAAAUCACAGAAUGCUCCAAUUUUAAUUGAAGCAUGCGAACGUAUCACAAAACUAAUUUAUGAAGAAGAAAACAGGGUUAAGAGAAUUAACUCCUUGGUUGCCUUGAAAGAUAUGACAGCAUGGGUCAAUGAAGACGAAGAUAUGCAGGAGAAGGUUCUGCCAGAUAAUUUGUUUCAACUCGGCUUAUAA